AUGCCACCAUUUCCCGGGGAAGAGACGCUAGCUACAGUGUAUGCCGACCUCCAUUGUUACUUCACGGCGCCCUCGCCUCGACCGGCUCUCCAUCGCUUCGAUAAAGCCUCCUAUUUCUACAUCUACUACAACUCCACGAGACAGACCAGUCGCAUCGAGGCGGCGAUCAAUCCUGGCACGCCGGAUCAGACAGCCUUUCACGGCUUCCUUGACGGGGUCAAGGUGAUCAAUUCCCACAGAUUCCCAACAAGAGUGACACUCGUCGUUGAUGGAGACAGCCCCCCGGCUACCUCCCCCUCGUCUCCCCGUUCAGGAAGAGACCCAGACGAAUGGCGUCUAGCCAGUUCGGAUCCUCGAGAUCCUGGCACGUCCAAAUACAGGAUUCACACGGUCGAUGUCUAUUUCUGGAAUCAGGAUGAUUCCAAGUUGGCCUUGGACAUCUUCAAGAGGCUGCUACAACCCCGACAGUUGGACAUUGAGGACGAUGUGCAUGAGGAACCGGAUCACCAUGACAUGGUCAGCCCAGUGGUUCAAAACCUAGAGCAUGUGGCCAUAUCAGAUCCAGCAUAUAAGGAGCUGCAGCAUGAUUCUCCUGCGGCCCAGCACAGCCAUCCUGUGCAGCUGCCCACUGCUCCGCCGCCUCCAGCUGUCUCUCAGGCUUCUCCAAGCGGUCCUGCGACAUCUGCUUCGCCAAACUCAGUCACGGCCAGCAUUGGGGGAAGAUCUUCAGUUAAAGACUCAAAACCGGCCACAGACUUCACUCCGCUCGCGUACAACCCAGCGGCGCCAGCGGCUCCAGAACCUAUCGCCCAUAGGGAGGACACUCCUCCUCCAGUCGACGCUGUUGAUGGGACAGGGCUUGCUGCGGCAGCAAGACAUGACAACCCUUACGCCCCGCAGCGGCAUCCGCAAACAUUCGCUGGCCCUCCACUUGCUCAACCUGGCGCGUACGGACAAUAUAGCGCGGCACCACAACCAUCAUUUGGACCACAUGCCACUACUUCGCCUGUGCCAUCGUUUGGACCUCAAGCAGCGGCAACGGUGCCGCCGUCUUUUGGGCCGCACGCAGCUUCACCCCCGCUCCAGACCUCCCCACGGACCUCUGUAUCAACCAAUUUCGGGCCUCCGCCCACCAGUGCAACCGGUUCUGACAGCAGUCGCCACCCGUCAACAGCGGCUCAAACCUAUAUGCCUCAUGGGCAAGACCCCAAUGCACAUAUUUUCGGUCAGCAAAACGCGCAAACACCGGGCACACAGUUCUACCAGUCAAUCAACGGUCAACCCCAUAAACCACUACAGCAUGUACAGCCCCAGUAUCCGGACUACCUGGCCGCUGGGCAACCUCCAGCUCUAGCUCCAGCUCCGCCUCUCGGAGGGUACUCGACCUACAAUUAUGGACAGGCCCAGCAAACCCAGCCUGCCGCCGGAGCUUAUGACAUUCACUCUCAAGUCUAUCGACCGACCGAGGCGGAGCACCAAUCACACCACCACAAACCGGCGAAGAGCUCAGGCUCGCAGCACAAGCCGUCGCACGCGGAGAAGAUUGAGAAGGGCGUUGGCAAGUGGAUCAAGAAGAUUGAAAAGAACUUUGGGUGA